UUCUCCCCUCAAACAAUCUCUUGCACCUCGUCGCCUCUUUCUUCGCCACCUCUGCCUCGCACAAACAGUCCCUUGCCUUCACCCAAGGCGACCCGGUCCUCUAAACGUCUGAGAAGGAAGCGCGCACGUGCCACUUUUUCGCCUUGGUCCGUGCUCACGGAAGGUUGAAUUGGCUUCACAGGAGCAGGACCAUGACGACCUACUGGCGAUGCGACCUCUCUCGGCCCCUGGCCGAGUUGUUCACCUAUGAUCUUGGAGCUGGCGGCUGGGGAAACAACGAGGCGCAGGAGUACACAGACUCGCCCGAGAAUGCUUUUGUAAGGCUCGAUGGCGACGGCGAUGGCGAGGGCGUCCUGGUGGUGCGCGCCUGUGCCCGCCCCGACGGCAAGGUGACGAGCGCGAGGCUGAUCAGCCGGCAGACGCUCGAGCGGCCCAGGGGCUACGUCUCCGCCAGGAUCGUUGUUCCGUUGGCACCGGGGAUCUGGCCGGCCUUUUGGGCCCUCCCAAAGAAGCCUUUCAGUUGGCCAUACGACGGCGAGGUUGACAUUGUCGAAACAUGGAACGCUCUUGAGCACAACGGCACGAGCUUUCACAACGGACACUACGACGGCAAAGACUGGGACAAGCAUCGCGUACUCAAGACCCCGACGGCUAACAUGGACCGCAAGCCAGGCCAUUGGUAUGGCUUUGCCUGGGAGGGCGACAGCGAGGGUGCUCGGCUCCUCUGGUUCACCGACGGGUGCCCCACCAUGAGGGCCACGGUGCCGGCGGGCACCCGGUCAAUGCGGGACUUCCAGGUCAUCAUGAACAUUGCCGUCGGUGGAAACGUUCAGCCGGGCAAGCUCCCCCCCUUUCCCUCUGAGCACGACCUUGAGAUACAAGAUCUCGCCAUGACAGACGAGCCACCAGGAGGCUGGGGAAAGCCUUUUGACGACGCCUGGGCUGCUGCAAAGGACGGCAACACCAUGUGAUGCUUUGUUUAC